AUGGCGUCUGUUCAGACUUUAAAACGCUUUAUUUCUAGCCAUGCGCGUUUAGGCAGUUUGGCAUUAACAUUUUAUACCAAAGAUGGUUGCCAACUCUGCAAGAAUGCAAAGGGUGUUCUAGACAAUGUGAUAAAGAAGGCGAAUAACAAGGCUCUUAAAUUGGAAAUUAUUGAUAUAUCGAAGCCAGAAAACUCAGAUGCUUUUGAUAAGUACUGCUACGAUGUUCCUGUUCUCCAUGUAAAUCGAGCGGACGAGGCGAAGCCCGUCAAAUUCAUGCAUUAUUUCGAUAUGAGCAAAAUCCUACAAGAGAUCAACCGAUGA